AUGGUUUCUGUCAGGAAGUUUAUUGAUAUCGGAGCGAAUCUCACUGAUAAAGUCUUUCGUGGAUUAUACCGGGGUCGUCAACAUCAUGAAGAUGAUUUUCAGAUCGUCUUGUCAAGAGCUUUCAAUGCCGGAAUCGAUAAAAUUAUCGUCACAUCAGGUUCGCUAUCAGAUUCUGAAGAUGGUCUAGCGCUUACACGAACAGAUGAACGUUUGUAUGCCACCGCCGGAUGUCAUCCAACACGCUGUCAAGAAUUCGAGCCGAAUCCCGAACAAUAUCUUUCUAAUCUUAGAGACCUGAUCCUCAGAAAUCGGGACAAAAUCGUUGCUGUCGGUGAAUGCGGACUGGACUAUGACAGGGAAGAAUUUUGCCCAGCUGCAAUUCAACGGGAACAUUUUGCUGCUCAGCUCCGUCUGGCAAGCGAAGUUGACCUCCCACUGUUUCUGCACUGUCGAGCUGCUCAUGAUGAUUUGGUCAAGAUCCUGGCGAUGGCCAAAGAAAUGCAUUUCAAUGGGCAUCGCCCCCUUCGGGGUGUUGUACACACAUUCGAUGGUACCUUGUCCGAUGCAGAGCGUAUAUUGGCUCUUGGUCUCUACCUUGGCUUGAAUGGUUGCAGUCUGAAAACGGAGGAAAACUUGCAGGUUCUAAAGUCGAUCCCAGUGGACCGCAUUCUGCUAGAGACGGAUGCUCCAUGGUGUGAAAUACGUCCUACACAUGCCGGAUACAAGUACAUCUCAACGCAUCACCCUACACGGAAAUCAGAUCGAUGGGAUGCAUCCUGCAUGGUCAAAGGCCGAAACGAACCGGCUAACAUCGUUCAGGUGUUAGAGGUUGUGGCCGCUGUAAAGUCGUUGCCAGCGGAUGAACUUGCAGAGCAAAUCUUCCAGAAUACAAUGAAACUUUUCUACUUUCCCGCCAAUAAUCCCGAUGCAGUGCAAUA